CUACCUACAUCAUCCAUCGAAACAGAGGAGAACAAAAGGAAGGAAUCUAGUCCAUUGGUUCGCAAGCAUCCACCACUUGAAAAAUCUCAACCGUCGUAAUAAGCUAAGAAGAAGAAAAUGAGGGCUUCUCUGCUUUUGGGGUUAGUGAUCUUAGGGAUGGCCCUGCCAGCAAAGGGCCUGAUGCCUUACGCAAGGAGCGUGUGGGACAUGAUGUUACCAAACGAAGAUCCUUUCAGGAUCUUAGAGCAGAUGCCUCUCACUAUUCCCAAGGGGAUCGAGACCUUGGCUCUCGCACGUGCCGACUGGAAGGAGACUUCUCAAGCUCACGUGAUUUCUCUCGACGUACCAGGGUUAAAAAAGGAAGACGUAAAAAUAGAGGUAGAGGAGAAUAGAGUGCUGAGGAUAAGUGGGGAAAGGAAGAACGAAGAGGAAGUAGAAGGAGAGAAAUGGCACAGGGCAGAGCGAACUUCUGGAAGGUUCUGGAGGCAGUUCAGGCUCCCAGGCAAUGCUGACUUGGACUCGAUCAAGGCCCACCUUGAGGAUGGUGUGCUAAGGAUAACCGUCCCAAAGCUGGCCGAUGAGAAGAAAAGGCAGCCGAAGGUGGUAAACAUCAUGGAGGAAUCCAAGGGUCAGGAUCUCAAGGCAUCAAGGGUAGAUGCGUAAUUUCAUUCGUGUUCUGUAGUAACUAAUAUCCCAUCUGCGCUUGGUGUAUGCUACAGUGUAAUAAGCUGAUAAUCUUUCAUUUCUUGGUUUUGUAAGGAGGCUGAAUCUUGGUAAUAAGAAUUUUUAGAGGUGUGUUUGUGUAAGAA